CCCAAGUUCUGGUUGAGCGUUCAAGUAGCUGAAAAAAGGGAAGAAGAUGAUCGGAGUGGGGAAGAUGAAACUGUACUCAAACGUACUCGACAAGCCACUCAGCAAAGGCAAACAAGAGGUGAGCUUGAGCGCAUUUGCCUUCUUGUUCUCGGAGCUCGUUCAGUACAAUCAAACCCAGGUUGACAACAUUGCUGAGCUUGAAAGAAGACUAGAGGAUGCUGGGUAUGCAGUUGGAGCUCGAGUCUUGGAGCUUCUUUGCAACCGAGAGAAGGGAAACCGAAGAGAGACACGACUACUAGGAAUCUUGUCGUUUGUCCACAGCACCGUCUGGAAGGUCUUGUUUGGAAAGGUUGCUGAUUCACUUGAGAAAGGAACUGAACAUGAAGAUGAGUACAUGAUCAGUGAGAAGGAGCUUCUCGUCAACAGGUUCAUAUCGAUUCCAAAAGACAUGGGAACAUUCAACUGCGGGGCGUUUGUGGCCGGCAUAGUUAAGGGAGUUCUGGAUAACGCAGGGUUUCCUGCUGUGGUAACGGCUCAUUUUGUACCCAUUGAAGGACAACAACGCCCUCGGACUACCAUCUUGAUCAAGUUUGCUGAUGAGGUGCUUAAAAGAGAAGCACGGCUAAGCCAAUGAGAGCACAUUUUGCCACGAUCUGGGGACUAUGUUGUCUUUAUGUGAACUGCUUGUGCAAAUCUACUGGUCUGUUUUUGGAUGAUUUAUAAAAGCUUUUGAAAUGAGCUCCAAAGCCCUGUAGAUGCAUUGAUGUAAACUACGUAUACAUACCUUCCUGUUAUAGUUGCAGCACUUCUUAGCCGAUAUCUUUUUGUUUCAAGGUUUCUAUUUAACUUCA